AUGGGAAGAAAGCUGCGACACUUGCUGAUUUUCCUCAUCAUCAUCCUGAAGGAACCCAACAUGCCAGAAGCAGUCUGCAGCUGUGCGCCCUCAGCACCUUUGAUCACUUCAGACAAACCAGAGUCUGCCACCAGUUUCAAUCUAUCACUUCUCGUUGGCUCGGUCUGUGGUUCAGGAGCUGGUCUGUUUGUCCUGAUUGGCACCAUCUUGGGCGCAGUUUGGUACAAGAGGAGAACCAGGCAUCCUCCUGUAGGACUGAAUCCCAGCAAUAGCAACACAAACACAGCAGUUCCUUUUCGAAAUCCAUCACGUAGCCAACUGCUAGCUGCCUUACAGUCAAAUCCUAUUUAUUCAGACGUGAAAGCACCACAAGAGAACCCAAUAUCUACAGAAAUGGCCAUUGGUCAUGAUCAGACAGGGCAGGGCCAGUCACAGACCAUUACUAACACUACAGCUGAUGUAAUGGCCAGUGGUGAUGAUCACCACUAUGAAGAUGUUGACAACCAUCAUGAUCAGACAGGGCAGGGUCAGUCCCAGGCCAUCACUGAAUCCAACGCAAACACCACAGCUACUGCAAUGACCAGUGGUCAUAAUCAGACAGGGUGGGGUCAGUCUCAGGCCAUCACUGAAUCCAACACAAACACCACAGCUACUGCAAUGACCAGUGGUCAUGAUCAGACAGGGCAGGGCCAGUCUCAGGCUAACAUUCAAUCUCUGACAGUUUUAACACAUAACCAGAUACUAGCUGCCUUAAAGCCUAAUUUUAUGCAAGUAGGUGUUGAAACACUGCCCAAAGAAUUAGCCAGUUGUCAGGAACAGGCAAGUCAGGUUCAGUCCCAGGCCAUCCCUGAAUUCUUGGAUACUAGAAAUCCCUCGUAUGGCACAGGGCAGACUGCCUCGCAGCGAAGCUCUCUGUACCAAUAG